GGACGGGGCUUGGGACGGGGUGGGUGUUUUGAAUUUCCCUGUCACUGUUUACGCUUAGUUCGAGUUUGAAUAAAAAGCUGGGCUGUCAGUUAUGACCAGGCAUUAUGUAUGAUCGUAGGAUAUGUUGAUCCAGGUCGAAUCCUGACCGCUCUAUUGUGACUGGCACAGGGGUUGUCGCGAAGAAGCUGCAGUAAUCUGAGCGGAACGGAAACGUCCUCCAAAAUGUUCCAGCAGACACUGCGUCUGACGCGGCAGACGUCCACCGGACCAGAGAGUCCCGUCGGACGCGCCGCCCGAGACGUGGUCGACAUGGCCGACCCGGCCACCGAGCGGAUCGUGAUGACGCCGCUGCCCAAGCGGGAGAACACGUCGUCGAUCCUGAUUGAGCGCGUGGCGGCGCCGGCGGCCGACGCGGACGGCGCGGCGUCAUCAGACGUGCACGUGGCGGGCGGAGAUCACCGCGGCAUCGUGGUCAAUAAGAGCCGGAAAACAGACAUGGCCAGUUUACCACCGGCACAACUCACGCUCGAGUUCAAGGUGUUUCUGGUGAGCGCCGACACCAGCCUGCACACUCAGGAAUCGCGCACUCUCCGGUUCUGGUUCAAGGAGUACGUGCCCGAGCAGGAGCAGGCGCGCUACGCCCAGGAGUUCUUCAAGGAGCUCGUCAGUCCGCUCGACUUCCCCAGGGAUUACGUAGGCUUCAUCACCAAAAUAAUGAAGCUGAUGCAGACGAAAUACGUAGACCUGCGGCGAGUCUCUCUGGAGCUGACCCUGCUGGGCGAGUCGGUGUCGGCGCCGGUCCGGCCCACCAGGCCGGGCUACAUUCUGUGCUCGGUGGGAGUCUCACUGCGGCCCUUAUCGCCGGAGGGGCACGCCAACGGCGAGGUGGAACUCACCGAGGCCAAAGUGCUGGAGAUCAUCGAACAGUCCUACCCCAACCCCGUCACCGUACAGCAGAUGGCCAAACAGACGUACCGUGCCGAGGAGGAGGUGCAGCUGCACCUGGCCGCGCUGACGGAGCGCGGCUCGGUGCGCCCGCUCGAGUCGGGCGGCUACACGCGUGUCCAGGAGAACGACACGGCGGUGACUGUGGUGAAACAGAUGCCGACCGUGGUGAGCGCCCAGCAGCCCACCAUUGCCAUCAUCACGGCCAACUACUGCGAGAAGCUCGCCGUCGACGCCAUGAUUGUCAACAAGGAGACGUUCGUCCGGUUCACCACCGUCGGCGAGUCGAACGUGUACACGCUGGGUAACAUCGGCGCGCACCGGGUGGUCUCCACCAAGCUGCCGACGGUGGGUCACACGCGUGGCGCCGUGAUAGCCGCCGGCAGCAGCACCACGCGACUGCUCGGCUGCUUCCAGGGCGUCGAGUACGUGUUCCUGGUGGGGGUCGGCGGCGGCGUGCCGCACUACACCGACUACAGCAAACACGUGCGGCUCGGGGACGUGGUGGUGGCGGCGCCCACGCCCGGACAGAGGUUUAUUUACCUGCACUGCGAGAGGGCCAGUGAACUGGACGCCGGCGCGUACGAGUUCGAGACCAAGUCGUGGGGUCCGCCGCAGCUGGACCUGCAGAACAUUGCCGAGCUGCUGCGACAGCAGGGCGAGGAGCACCCGGACGCGGCGCCCUGGCUCAAGUACAUGUCGGACGGCCAGCAGCGGCUGCUGGAACAGGACGCCGCCUUCCAGCGGCCGCCCGACGACACCGACAAACUCUACAUGGCCAUCGGAGACAAGGACGUCAUCGAGGUGGCGCACCCGGCGCCGGCCGACUGUACCACCAACCUCAGGGAGCGGGGCCGGCCGAUGAUUCACCUGGGGCCGGUGGCCUCGGGUCGCCAGGUGGUGGGCCACGAACAGAUGCGCCAGGAGUUCUCCAGCCAGGUCGGCAUCCUGGCCUACGACGCCGAGUUCGAUUCGGUCGUGGAGAGCAUCUACGGCAACCGCAAGGACAACUACAUCUUCAUCCGCGGCAUAGCCGACUACAAGGACGGCACGCGGGGCCGCGAGUGGCAGCCGUACGCCUCCCUGGCCGCCGCCAGUUUCAUGAAGGCGGUCAUCUGUGCCAUGGACCCGCCGAAGGGCACGUGAGGGCGACCGGGCGCGCCCCACAACACCCCACCCCACCCCGGUCCGCUCGGGCCCCCACCCACCCAGCUGGGGACUCUGCAAUUACUGUUUGUGCGUUUUGUAUUGUAUUAUUUAAAACCUGUGUUCGUUGCGAUGCAAGCUUAUGCAUUUUGUAUUUGUGAGCUAACAUGUGGGAGUGCGCGUGUGCCAGUGAGACGCACAGAGCGAUCGCUUGAACGAGGAGUGACGCGUGCGUUCGUUCUCGGGUCGAGUGAGUGACGCGUGUGUCCGUUCUCGGCCGGCAGUCGUGAGUACCGAUACGGUGUACCGUUUACCGUGCGCGGCGCCAGUGGGACGCGCAGCUCAGAAUGCCCCGUUAUGCAGCUAGGUCUUCGCAGUGUGGUGUAGCAAAGAGAAACCUAUCGAAGUCGUGUGGAGUAAAUCAAAUGCUAUAUUGGCGAGUGGUUAUACCAUUUCGUGCACAGCAGUUCUCAGUGAAAUGGGAAUGCGUCCUUGUUAGAUAU